CCGUGCCCUGCUCGCGUCCCUGCGCGCGGGCGCGCCCCGCGACGAUGGCUUCCCUCCCGUGACCUGCGUCGUCGCCGACGGGAUGCUCCCGUUCGCGAUCAACGUCGCCGAGGAGCUCGGCGUCCCGGCGCUCGCCUUCCGCACGGCCAGCGCGUGCAGCUUCCUCGCUUACCUCUCCGUGCCCAAGCUCGUGGAGCUCGGCGAGGUCCCUGUCCCGGCAGGCGCCGACCUCGACGCGCCCGUCCGUGGCGUUCCGGGAAUGGAGGGCUUCCUGCGGCGGCGCGAUCUUCCAAGUUUUUGCCGCGGGGACGACCGGACCGGAGGCCUCCACCCCAUUCUUAAGAUAAUCGCCGAGUUCAGCGCUCACAGCUGCAACGCGCGGGCGCUCAUACUCAACACGACCGCGUCGCUGGAGCGGUCGGCGCUCGCGCACAUCGCGCCGCACAUGCGCGACGUCUUCGCCAUAGGCCCUCUCCACGCCAUGUUCCAGCAGCCGGCCGCCGGCGGCGCCUUGUGGCGGGAGGACGACGGCUGCACGGCGUGGCUCGACAGCCAGGCGGACGGAACCGUCGUGUACGUGAGCUUGGGCAGCUUCGCCAUCAUUUCUGUCGAGGAGUUCACCGAGUUCCUGUCCGGACUCGUCAGCGCCGGCCACCCCUUCCUUUGGGUGCUCAGGCCGGACAUGGUCGGGGCGAGCCAGAACGCCGUCCUCCAGGACGCCAUCAAGGCGGCCGGGAGAGGCAAGGCCCGCGUCGUGGAGUGGGCGCCUCAGCGGGACGUGCUGCGCCACCGGGCAGUGGGCUGCUUCCUGACGCACGCCGGGUGGAACUCCACGCUGGAGAGCGUCGCCGAGGGCGUGCCGACGGUGUGCUGGCCCUUCUUCGUGGACCAGCAGACCAACAGCCGGUUCAUGGCCGCCGUGUGGGGCACCGGCCUGGACAUGAAGGACGUGUGCGAGAGGGCCGUCGUGGAGCGGAUGGUGAGGGAGGCCAUGGAGUCCGUCGAGCUAAGGAGGUCGGCUCAAGCGCUGGCGCAGCAGGUGAGACAAGACAUCGCCCAUGGGGGCUCGUCGGCGGAGGAGUUCAAGCGGCUCGUCGGCUUCAUCAAUGAGCUCAGCAUCAGCACGCGGGGCUCCACACCAAGCCCGGACAAAGAAUAAAGGCCGGCCGGCCGGCCACCGGCAUUGGCACCUUGUUACUAGCAUCAUAUCGGUGUUGCUGUGUGAGUCUUGCCAAAAGGCAGUACGAACAUGACGAUGCCUAUUUGGAAUGACAUUUGUUGCUGCUAAAUCCUUGUGGUACCACAUUGCGGUGUGACAAUUCGUAGGAUGUUCAAGUGUCACAUCUCA